AUGAAGAUCCUGCGUGACAUCGGCACUGCCAUAGGAGUCAAGCUUCAUGACACCCAGGUGAUGACUGCACAUCGAGUUCCCAGCUAUAAGCAAGGUCGAGCUCCACCCAUGGUCAUCCAGUUCCAGACCAAGAUGCAGAGAGAUGUCUGGAUCACCAACUACAGAAGAACAAGGACAUCGUAUCGGUGCGGGAGAUGUACAGGGGCGUCGUCGUUGAACAGCGAUUUGGAGGACAGCUCAGGAGAUAACUGUGUUCUGAGAGCGAUUAAUGAACUGAGAGAUAAUUUAACAGAGAAGCUCGAGACAAAGCUCAGUGUCAUGGAUGACAAGGUUAAUGGCACGUUCAAUGCCAUUCAACAGAAAAUCUCCGAUUUGGGCCAAUGUUUCGAAAAUUCGUUGGCUAUAAUAAAGGCUGAAAAUGUAGCCUUGCGUGAAGAAUGUGAGGUCCUGAAAAACAAAGUUGGAACUCUCUCAGGAGAACUGAACUGCGUUAAAGAUCAGGUUCUUGACAUGCAGCAGUACAGCAGGUUGAAUAACCUCGAAAUUGUUGGUGUCCCCCUGACCGACCGAGAGAAUAUUUACUCCGUUCUCAACUCCCUGGCCAACGCUAUCGAUACGCCUUGGCGUCGAGAGGACGUAUCAAUCGCUCAUCGCCUUCCCAGCAACAGGAAAGAUCGUCCACCGAGCAUCGUCAUCCGUUUCGUGAGCAGAUCGAUCAGAGCGGACUGGUUGGCAGCAGCUAGAAACAAAAGGAACUUGAGCACCGUGCAUCUCAGCUCCAGCUUCCAGCCGGCUCCAGUAUUUGUCAACGAGCAUCUGACUGCCCACGUUAAGUCACUAUUAAGUCAGGCUAAGAAAAUGGUCAAGGAAAAACAGCUUGCCUACGCCUGGGUUAAAGAAGGUAGGGUCCUUGUAAAAGUAACUGCAGAUGGCCGUACCAAGAGAGUGAAUAAUCCUGACGACCUGGUGUCAUUUAUGCAUCCUAAGUGA